AUGUGCAACUGCGGUGGUCCAAAGUGGAAGCGAGAAGUCGUUCCAGACCACAAGUUCGAUUUCAUCAACACCGCAGAGUUCACCGACAAUGGCUUCAUGAUGCGUGUCAAGUAUCUGUGGCUCUACAUCAUCGUCCUCAAGUCCUUCCUCGUCUAUAUAUCCGAUAUCUUCUCCGCCAUUACCAUGUUGACCACAAAGAACUGGUCCAACGAAAUUUUCCUCAAGUGUCCAGACGUCGAGGGAUGUUUCUUCAUUCCAUUCAACACAGGUAAAUGGCUGUUUGUCGGCUGUAUCAUCGUGUCAUUCCUUCUGUUGGCAUACGAGUCUCGGAAAGCCAAGAAAAUCAUCGCAAGUCGAGAUAUAUCCUACGCUUUCACAAAUAUCAUGGCCAACAACUACUAUUCACUACGCUCUUACGAUCAUUUCUGCUUCUUCGACCACAUUAGCAACUCAACCAAGACUAGCGACGACUUUGCCUUUUUCGUCUUCUUCACCUUCAAGAGCUGGAAGCGCCUGAUUCUGGCUGAUACGCCUCGUCAAACUAUCAACGCUCUCACUUUGUAUGCCGUCUAUCUUGUCAGAAGAGAUCCGAAGAAAAACUGGUGGGAUGUAUCUCAGUACUUUGUAAACAGUACAUCCACUUCUGCCCUAACUGUCACCUCGUUCUUUACCGUCGUCGUGUGCAUUGGUUCUCUUUUGCUGCUAGUCGUCGCGGGAAUAUGCUAUAUUCCCCUGCUACUGCACAUUCGCGGUAACUUGAAGGAAUACUGUUGCCACAAAGUCGAUAAACGUAUCGGAGUGAUCAUUAAGCGUAAGCAGAAAGAACGCCGACUUGAGGCAGACAAGCUCGCACAGAAAGAAGCUCUGGGAGACUAUUCACAUCUCAGAAAUAAGAAAGGCGAACUCAUUGCACAGCCCCUCCCCCAACCAACGCUCCCGAACCUUUCAGUCGAUGAUGACGAUGAUUCGUCUUCCAUCAACACUCGGGUUGCACCUAGCACCCACACCAAAGACUACUAUCCCUAUCAGAGUGACAAAGACUACCCUCCUAUGCCCGCCUACAACCCACAUUCACCGCAAGCCCCAGGCAACUACUACAAUCCUUCCUCCGCCACGCUGGGCUAUGACGAGCCUACUUAUCCUCAUUAUGGGUACGAAGAUGACAACGAGAGCACCGUGAAUCUUGCCGCUUCGGCAGCUCCGUUUGCCCAGGACCCCAUCACCCGACAAGGGAGCCCUUAUGGGCCUUCAUAUCCUGGGAGCUAUGAUCCACAUGACGUGUAUCAAGGCCGCGCUGGAUCAGUACCGCCUCAUCAGCAGCAGAGACCACCACCCAUCGGCCAGGUGCCGAACGGGCAAGGGUAUGAUAACCCGUAUGGCGGUUACGCUAAUUCUACAAGCUCAAUGGGCCCUGUAGCACCAGGGUCAAGAGGAAGAAAUUACGAUGAAGAAGUUGCGCAUGGAAGAAUUCAACCACGUUAG